CGCCGACAUUCGAGAGGCGGGGUCGAUAACAAGCAUUGGGACAUGACGCUACGCGUGCAGCGGGUUUAACAGCUGUGGGGAAAGUUCAACCACUGCGGGAUAACGCCGAGUACAAUGGUAUGAAAGCGUGACCUCCGGUCCGAGCGGAUUACUCCAACUACUCCAACUGUAUCCGCUACCACUAUACGCGCAUCUGAUGGCAUACCCAAGAACCAACGCAAGACACUUCGUACUCCAACUGUAGUGCUUCAUUCUCAUCAACCAACAAGUUUCUUCGUACGAGGUUCUACAAUGCCAGCUAUCAAGCAUCCUGUAAAGAUCAACGUGGAUCUGGGUGAGGGAUAUGGAAACUUCAAAUGUGGACCAGACGAUGAGUUGAUUCCACUCAUUGACCAUGCCAACAUAGCUUGUGGUUUCCACGCUGGGGACCCAUUGAUUAUGCACCAGACAGUAUUGGCUUGCAAAAAGCACAACAUUGCCAUCGGCGCACACCCUGGGCUCCCCGACAUUCAAGGCUUCGGCCGGCGUGAGAUCAAAAUGUCGCCGGAAGAAUUGACAGCCGCUGUUCGCUACCAAGUCGGCGCAUUGAAAGCGUUUUUGGAUGCGGAAGAUGUGCCCUUGCAUCAUGUCAAGCCCCAUGGCGUAUUGUACGGGAUGAUGUAUCGAGAUAGGGAAGUGUGCCGUGCAGUUUAUGCCGGUGUGCCCAAAGGAACGACAGUAUUUGGUCUUGCGGGAACACUGCAUGAAGAGGUUGCGAAAGAGCUUGGAUUGCCGUUCGUAGCAGAGCUUUAUGGAGACGUCAAGUACAACAAGGACAGGACCUUGGUAAUCGACCGGAAGAAGAGACCUUGGCAUCCAGAAGAGACUAGGAAACACGUCCAGAGUCUGGUAGAAACCGCAACUGUCACCGCUGUUACCGGCGAGGAGCUGCAACUCCCUAUAAGGAAUCACCAGGUCUCGCUGUGCUGCCACUCGGAUUCGCCUGGGGCUGUAGAGAUUGUCAAAGCUGCAAGAGAAAUUGUUGAUCAGUUCAAUAGUAAGCACUUUGAGCAGUCUUGAGUAUCGCACGUAUGUAGAUAGUCGGUCUUUGAUUAAAUAAUCAAGGGAGAUGUUACAAGUUGAAUUCAAGCACCA